AAACUCGGUGACACAACAUGGCUGCAAAUAAGCCGAAGGGUCAGAAUUCUUUGGCCUUACACAAAGUCAUCAUGGUAGGCAGUGGUGGUGUGGGCAAGUCUGCUCUGACCCUGCAGUUCAUGUAUGAUGAGAGUCAACAUUUGUAUACAACUUGAUUUAACAAGUCAAGAACCCAAGGUCCUUAAAAUUCUUAUGCUUUUAAAAAACAAAACAGGGACUUCCCUGGUGGCGCAGUGGUUAAGAAUCUGCCUGCCAGUGCAGGGGACGCAGGUUCGAGCCCUGGUCCAGGAAGAUCCCACAUGCCACGGAGCAACUGGGCCCGCGCGCCACAACUGCUGAGCCUGCGCUCUAGAGCCCGCGAGCCACAACUGCUGAGCCCACGUGCCACAAGUACUGAAGCCCGCACACCCAGAGCCCCUGCUCUGCAACAAGAGAAGCCACCGCAGUGAGAAGCCCGUGCAUCACAAUUAAGAGUAGCCCUCGCUCGCCGCAACUAGAGAAAGUCCGCGUGCAGCAGCAAAGACCCAAUGCAGCCAAAAAUUAAUUUUUUUAAAAAACCCUGGAAACAGUACCUGUUUUUGAGCAAUCUAACUGGCUUUUUUAUUUUUAGUGUUUUUAAUGUUUGUGGAGGACUACGAGCCUACCAAGGCCGACAGCUACCGGAAGAAGGUGGUGCUGGACGGGGAGGAAGUGCAGAUCGACAUCUUGGACACAGCCGGGCAGGAGGACUACGCCGCCAUCAGGGACAACUACUUCCGGAGCGGCGAGGGCUUCCUUUGUGUCUUCUCCAUUACGGAAAUGGAGUCCUUCGCGGCCACAGCCGACUUCAGGGAGCAGAUUUUAAGAGUAAAAGAAGAUGAGAAUGUUCCAUUUCUGCUCGUUGGAAACAAAUCAGAUUUGGAAGAUAAAAGGCAGGUUUCUGUAGAAGAGGCAAAAACCAGAGCCGAUCAGUGGAAUGUUAACUAUGUGGAAACAUCUGCUAAAACGCGAGCUAAUGUUGACAAGGUAUUUUUUGAUUUAAUGAGGGAAAUUCGAGCCAGAAAGAUGGAAGACAGCAAAGAAAAGAAUGGGAAAAAGAAGAGGAAAAGUUUAGCCAAGAGAAUAAGAGAAAGAUGCUGCAUUUUAUAAUCAAAGCCCAAACUCCUUUCUUAUCUUGACCAUACUAAGAAAUAUAAUUUAUAAGCUUUGCCACUGAAGGCUCAAUUGACUGUGAAAUUACUUUAACAUUUUGGAAAUUGUUAUGUGUCUCUAAAAGCAUGAAUUGGAACUGCACUGAGAGUCAAAUUCACUUAAAAAAGAAAUUAAUGUGGCUUCACCAAGAAGCAAAGUUCAACUUAUUUCGUAAUUGCCUACAUGUAUCACAGUCCUGAAUGUAGCGUGGGCACCUGUGUUUUGCUGGCAGUCUUUCUUGAACUAUUCAAGAGGUGAGAUGGGGGUGGGCAAUGGGAGGAAAGGCUACUUCCUCUGGUUUAUUAUAAAGCUUAAAUUUUAUAUCAUUUUAAAAUGUCUUGGUCUUCUACUGCCUUGACAGAUGACAAUUGUGAACAUGAUAGUUAAACUGUACCACUUUUUUUAACCAUUGUUAUGCAAAAUAUAGAAGAAAAAGUUACUGGCAUGAUUGUUGCAUAUAGUUCAAUUGAGAGUAAUUCAUCUGUGAAUCUGCAUUAAUUACCCGGUGAUUAACUUAGAAAAGUGGUGUAAACUUGUACAUGGAAAUUUUUUAAUAUGCCUUAAUUUAGAAACCUAAAGGUAACCCACUUACAUCAUUCUGGGUGUGUCCUCACUGUGCCGUGGGCCCAUUGCCCAUGUGUCCUGGUGAGAGAAUAUAUGUCAGGAUGGAGGACAACGUUUGUGUAGAAGAUUCUCGAGAAAUUACUUGUAGGAGUCUGUCCAAAUUUAAACUGUGUGCCAUACUCUGGUUCCUGCAAGUAAGGUUCCAGAGCUUCUUGAUUGCUUUUAACUAAGUGUAAGGUAGUUUAAAAUGAAGGCCCAGCGUCUACUUGUAAGAUAAUUUUAGACUAUGAGCAUUCAGUACCAGUUAUGUCUCAGUGAACCCUCUUUCUUUAAGAUGCUGGUCCCUGGAAAUCCCUUUCUGCAAGUGGUGAGCAUGUGUUAAGAUUUUGAUCUCCUUGGAGUGUAGAGCACAGGAAAAGCGUGGACAGUGCUAAUGCAUUUUGCACUAGAACACUUCAGAAGAGUCGUGCUCACCAUCUGGUAACUUCUAUAUUUGUAUUCCCGAGGUUACAGUUUGUACGGGAGUUACUGGGAUUAUUUGUAGGCUGUGUUCGUAAUGAAUAACACUGUCUCUACGUUUUCCUAAAGUUAACAUCGAACAACCAAACCCAAGGAUAGUGCAGAAAACAUGUCUGGCACCAAACAGUAGGCUGUUUCCCCACCGUAUGGCGUGCCCGCUGGAGGGCCAUGAUUUCAGUGGGAGAUUUACCACUGUCAGAUUUUUCUUUUCUUUGUAAUGGGACUAGGACAGUUUGAUUCAACAAAGUUUUCGUUUCUUUUUGCUCAGUCCUAAUUUCAGCAAGUCAAAGAUGUGUUCAGGCAUUCCAGGUGACAGAUGUGUACGUAAAGUUAACAAAAACAGGCUAUUUAGGAACUGAACUCUUUAGAUAUUACGUACGGCUUGUCAUAUUAAAUAUUUGUCCUUAAAGGGUUUGAGAUGUACAUCUUUCAUAUUUUUCAUAGGCUGUGCCAUGUGCAGAAUUAAAGUUACCAAUGUAAGCGCGGCCCCGUGGGCCCAGCAUCUCCGUGUGUACUUGUUGCAGUCUCAUUUAACCAGGGGUCCUAACCACUAACAUUGUGACUUUGCUUUGAGACCUUUCCUCUCCUGGGUACUGAGGUGCUAUGAAGCCAAACGACAAAGAUGCAUCACAUGUCUUAGGCUGAUGCCACUACCCGAUCGGUUUAUUUGCAAUUUGAGCCAUUUAAAGACCAAUAAACUUUCUUUUUUUAAA